UGACAGUCACCUAACUUACCUCAAGGUCAAAAGAGACAGUGAUUUGACAGAUAGUGACAGACGUCAAAAAUAACAAUUCUAAAAACUCGACCUGUUAAUUAACGAAAUAAUUAAUAAUUGUGAAAUUUUCGUUUUAUAUACAGGGUGUUUUGUGUAAAUAAUAUAAACAAAAUCGCAUCACAAUGCCCCUAAUUGAGGGUAUCGGCGAUGAAGUGACCCAUUUUUUUAUCGCAUUGUUGGUGAUGUUAGUCGUAUCAUUGGCGUGGUGGACGACCAGUAUUUCUGAGCAAAGACAUGUGCAAACUGUGUGGCUGCUGGACCGCCGCCGGCAUAGGGCCCCCCGCCGACUCACCAACCACACACAUGCUGUCACAAUCGCCGAAGGUACAACAGUGCGGACGGAGACCGUGACUGAGACACCUAAGCCCCCCGAGCCUGGUUCGAGUUCCGACGACAGGAGCAGGAUUGUUGAGGCGAUGGACGAGGGGGCCCCCGAAAGGCCCAAAGGGACCGAUAUUACAAUCAAACUGAAAUAUAUCAACGAUGAUCUGAAACUAGUUGAUGGGAAGUUGCAAGAGCAAUUGGGGGAUUUCAAAAAACGCCACUUUCACGUGGAACUCGCCUCCAACAAGCUCGUGCGACUUAUUUUCAACGGUCAGGUCCUCCAACAGGACACUAAGACUCUUGAAGGUUGUGGACUUUUUGACAAUUGUGUCGUUCAUUGUCUCAUUCAUCAGCGAAGACCGGCCCCGGGGGAAGAGUCUCAAGAGUCCCGCCCCGAACAAUCCCAAAAUCCCCGUCCUAAUCCCAAUAAUAACAAUAAUCAAGGACGUGAUUGGGAUCUAGGGAAUUUUCUUUUUGCCAUUAUUAGUUUUACACUACUGUCGGCCUGGUAUUUCAGGUACGUUUAUGCCCAUUUAUAUACAGUUACAGCUACAGUAGGACUGAUUUUAAUGACGGGAGUGUUUACGAUUGUACUGUUCGGGUUUUAUUUCCCCGAUCAUGAACAUAUACCACAGCGAGGGGACACGACACAGACUUAAAAACAAUUUUUGUUAAUUGUAUAAAUAAAUAAUUUAUAUUAAUGUUUUAAAUAAAGUUUUUCUACAAAUUCAA